AUGUCUGGCAUAGGCGACAUGCUGGGCGUCUGGGAGAUCAAGGAGGUGAAAGGGCGCCCUCGACAGGCUGACGCCCGAGAGCUGCUCCAGAAGCUAGCUGACCAGGCGAGCCCCACCACCACUGAACUAGCAACUGCUGGACUCGAGACGUGCCCUACCGAACACAUAGCAUACGUUUUGCCAAGAAUUGUGGUGGCUGCCGCCGAGUGGAUUUUGGUCGGUGCCGUGCGCUUUGGUCUGGUAAAGCCGAUUUGCGUGGCCCACAAGUGGAAGGUGGUGCUUCUGCUAGAGUUUAUUCCCAACAACCCGAGUCUCCUCGGCCUGAACGUCAACCGCGGCCAGAAAAUAUGCAUUCGCCUACGCCCACCAUCCGAUGAAGGUAGUUUCUACCCCUACGAGUUUAUUAUCGGCACGAUGCUGCACGAGCUGGUGCACAACCAGAUCGGCCCCCACAGCGCGAAGUUCUACCGGGUGUUGGACCAGCUCAACGACGAGUGCGACAAGCUCACUCGGGAAGGCAUCACCGGGCGCAACAUGCCGUUCGCAGGUGACGGUCAGCCCUUAGGAGGGGGGCGAGCCCCAAACGAUGCUAGGGCCGCUGCGCUAAAGGCGGCGGAGAAGCGACAGCGGCAGCAGGGUAUCAUGGGCAGCGGGGGGCAGCGGUUGGGCGGUGUUUCGGGCUCCUCACCGUCGGAUGCAAUUUCCGCCGCGCAGCGUGCCGCGGCCGCCGCACAAUGGAGACACGCCGUCAGCCAAGGCUGCAGAGGACACCACGGUUGUACCGCCGGCGUGAAAGCCGACGACGAUGCCGACGACGGCGACCACUGGGAGUGUGGGCUCUGCACGCUCUUCAACUCGCUCACCGUUAACGCGUGCGACGCCUGCGGGAAGGAGCGUUCCGCCACACCCGCUGGGAAGUCAGUCCGAGGCCGCGGUGCCGGCAGCAGCACCGGUGGGCGGGGCGGCGGUAGCAGUGUCGCCGGCGGCACCACUACGGGCCGCCAAAAGCGACCCGCGCCGACAACGGGGGCGGCGGCCGGGGCGGGGCGGCUGCAAAAUAAGUCAACAGCGGGGGCGCGGAUGGCGAGUGACGGCCGCUCCGUGGGUGCUCCCCGCGGAGGUGGCAGUGGCGCCGGUACCACCGGCGGCGGCGGCCGUCUUCCUUCGGCGGGGCGCACGUGGACGUGCCGGAGUUGCCCGUUUUCGUUUCCGAAUGUUUCGGAGAGGCGGACGUGCGAGUCGUGCGGAGCAGCGCGUCUUCUGCCCGCCGAUGCAGGGAGCGGCGGCGGCGGCGGCGGCGGCGGGGACGGUGCCGCAACGGCGGUAGGGGGAACGACGGGCGGACAUACCAGCUGGGGCGCGGAGCUGCUGCCGUCGUGGACGUGCGAAGCGUGCACGGUGGUGAACCCGGGGAUGUUUUUGGGGUGCUCGGUGUGCGGAGCGGAGCGACCCGCGGACGAAGCAGCGGAAGCAGGCGGCGGCGGCGGCGGCGGCGACGACGACGACGAUACCCGCGCGACCUUGAGCUCAGAAUGGACGGCGGAAGUUGGAAGAGGAGGAGGAGGAGGAGGAGCCACCGCUGGCGGGUGGAUGGCCGCGCAAGGCAGCAGCGGCGGGACCGACUGUUCCGUAGGUGUUGGCGGCGCUGCCGUCGGAGAAACGGUCGGCUUUGGCGGAAGAACACGGGACGACCCCGGGAUGGAAAGUUGCUGGUCAGCGCAGCCGACAGGCGAGACGCGGGUGUGCCGGUUGUGCACUCUGCGGAACCCCCCGGAGGCUUCGAAUUGCAAGGCUUGUGGGAUCCCGCUCGCAGAGAGCGAGGCCGCGGUUGCUGCUACUGCGUCGGGAGGAGAAACGGCGGCCGAUGCUCAAGGCGCUACCGGCGGCGUCGGCGUCGGCGGCAGCCGCGCUAGCCGGGCGUCAGCGACGGUCGAGGGGGAAGAGAGCAGCAGCCAUCGUCUGGGGGCAACAGCAGCAGCAGCAGCAGCAGCAGCAGCAGGUGCGCCGUCGUCCGACGAGCCCGAAUUCAUCGACUUGUCGUGAAGGGCGUGUACAAGCUGUUCCUGUGCAACCCCCCCUUUUUUUGUUAUGAUGUGCAUGUCUUUUUACCGGCACAAGGUCACCGCGGCUGCCGCGACGUGCGUUGUGGUUUUACGUGUUUUUGCUUGCGCGUGGUCCGGCUGCCAGACGUCCGUCCGUGUGUUUGUAGGUCCGGUGGUGUAGGGUCGGCGGCGGAGCGGGAGGGAGGCGCAACCGUCUCCUUGAUGUACAUUAAGAGCGCCGUGGGAAGUAGGGCUUCAGGGCCUCCCCAAACAUAUCUCUCCCCGCUGAGACGGAAAUAUGGAUAGGAUAGGGAAAAUGUGUUGAGCCACCAUUGGCAAGGUAGGGAUUGGCCAUCGGUGAUCGGUCCUGGUGUGGGAACAAUCCUCCGUGGCCUGAGGAGUCGGUGAGUCGUGGUGCUAGCUGUUGCGGGGGACAGAUGAUAGGUCGCCGCGCGUCGCAUGCUUUUCUGAAGGUAGAGACCGCGGGUACGUGUGCUCUCGGCCUUCUUCCGUGCGUAGAGCUGAUGAUACAGCAGUGGCAGAUGACAAAUCAUCGACGGGGUAUGUGUGCCGUGGGGUACACCGUACCAACAUGACGUCGGUUCGUUUGUUGUGUGGAAAAGGGGAUGCCUGCUGCGUGUCUAGGCGAAGUGCUCGCCGUUGUGGCAUCUUGGGGAGUGGCGGUGGUUGAAUCUUCGCACGCAGAGUUAGUUCUUGUUGUGAUUGCUGCGAGCGCCCCGCGCGGGUGGUGCGGUACAGCUUGCUUGUUGGAACAGCCACCGGCCCCCCAGACAAAUGCUGUGGUUGUAGAUAGCCAUCGAAGGUGCCGAAUGUUAAUAGCGUGUUUAUUCGUGUUUUGUGGAGAGGAGAGGACAGGUAGAUUGAUGAGGGUGACAAGCCUGAUGUGGCUUUCCUUCUUCAGUUGUUUUUCCGCUUUUUUUUUAGGGGAAAAUGUUUUUGCAAACAUCAGUCGGUCUCCUUUUUGAUUCGUUGAAACGCGUUUGUGACCGUGUUGUUGGACGAACGUGGGAGUAGUUUCACGAUGUAAGGGAGUGGUCGUUGCGGAAGUGUUUCGUGUUAAACCCUCUUAGAACCGGACGCCCAUAUGGGGACACUUCGGGGACACAGCACUCAGGAUGUCUAUCUCCUGCACCGUAGUCGCCCGACGCUUCGCUGUGUGAAACGCGCGUGAGAGCCCUUUGUCUAUCAUGCUUGGGUGAGGUACGAUGUGUGAUAUGCUGUGUGAUGCGCCUCCUCGGCCUCUGACUUGCUGUACACAAUCUCCCAAGUCGCGUGUCCCAGUGGAUGGUAAAGCUGUA